AUGCCAGUUGUUUCUACAAAUGGGUUUUUGUUGUUUGCGCAAGAGUUACGAAUCAAAAUAACUGGACAUAGACAGUAUCAUCAAAAUGAUUUAAUUUCAUCUUAUUUGUCUCAUAUUGUGACACCACUUUGGGAGCGUCUUACAAGUGAAGAAAAAAAGGUCUGGAAAGAUCGAGCAAAAAUGAAGCGCCAUAUUGAGGAGUAUUUUACUUUAAUGCAUCAGCCGAGGAUGUCGGCAAAACGAAAGAGACGUGAAAUGACGCAAGUUUUGAUAUUUGCUGAUUUGAAUAUUAUUUGGAAAAUAGGCAGACAGAGUGAUGAAAGAAAAGAGAAUUAUGAAGCUAAAAACUUGGAAGAAAAAAGUGAAUGUGAAACGGUGAACGAGGAGAAGGAGGAGGGAAGAAAUGAAAAACUGGAUGAAUUUGAUGAAAAUGAUUAUCCUGAAGACUUAAUGAUCGGAAUUCCUUUGAAUCAGCUGGAAUAUGACUCGGAAGGUAAUUCGUUUUCAACCUUGAAGUCAAUAUGCCAAAAAUGGCGUGAGUCACGUUUUCAGUAUUCAUCAAUUAUUGGCCCAUGGCGUUUAAACAAUAAAAUACAGCGAAGACGAGCAGAAUUUCACGCUAAUGAAACGCAUCAAAUUCAUUUAGAUAUGCCUGGCGGAAAAACGUCAAAAAUUCCAACACAAAAUUCAGUACAUUACCUUCUAGUUGCAGAAAGAGUAAAAAAGAUGCGAAACUGCUUACGUGAAAUUUUGGGCAGAUGUGAGCCAACAAUCGCACAACAUCAAGGCAUCUCAGUUGGUCUUUAUCAGGAAGGAAUCGAGGAAUUCGACUCGGAUGCUAAACCACUCUCAUUAACGACAUUCAACGUCAAUUUUGCUCACGAAUCUUGUGAUCGAAAAAAAGCACUACCUAAUGACAUUUAUGGUAGUAGCAACUUCACAAACCGUAGAUCAGGAUAUACGAACAGCCAAUAUAGUGCCAAGCAUUCUCAAACAUCGCAACCAGUUUUUGCGGCUAAUAAAGAAGGAAGACGAUGGUUGAUUUGCUUGAAUCACGAGUAUGAAAAAGUUCGUGCAUCUUUGGACUACCUUAAGCAAGCACAGAAACUUUGCUACGAAGGUUUUCCUACAACAGAAGAUCGUUUCUGGUAUGCUGAUGCAGUGGUUGAUGCUUUAGCAGAAUUUGCGAAUGGUACACCGAAUCCUGAAUACAAAUUAUGGAUGGAUAUUUUUGGAAAAAGACAACCAUUCGAGUUCAAUACUCCAUGGGAACGUAGGGCAAACGUUUUCUGUCACACUCAUAGCAUCACGCGGAAUUGUUGCUGUGCUUCUGCAACCGCUAUUCGAAGUUGUUUUGCAAUGUUUUUUGCACUUCAUGAACCGCUUGAUUUGACGUUAGCCGACUAG